AUGAAUCCACGCAGGCGCGCGGGUGCACCUUGCCCCGACUGCGGCAAGGUCUUCCUGCGCGCGGCCGGCCUGCAGCAGCACCGGCACACACACAGCGGCCAGAAGCCCUUCGCCUGCACCAGCUGCGGCAAGAGGUUCCUCGAGAGCUCGCAGCUCCUGCAGCACCAGCGCGCACACACAGGCGAGCGGCCCUUCCAGUGCGCCCAGUGCGGCAAGGCCUUCAGGGGCAGCUCGGGGCUGGCUCACCACCGGCGUGCUCACACUAGUGAGCGGCUCCUCGCGUGCGCCGACUGCGGCAAGGACUUCCGCGGCAGCUCCGAGCUGCGCCAGCACCAGCGCCCGCACUCCGGCGAGAAACCCUUCGUCUGCAUCUACUGCGGCAAAGCCUUCGUGCACCACUCGGAGCUGGUGAGCCACCGGCGUACGCACACCACGGAGCGGCCUUACGCCUGCAGCCGGUGCGGCCGCGCCUUCAGCCACCGCUCCAACCUCAACAAGCAUCAGAAGCGGCACGCGGGCAGCGCUGUGCCCUGAGCGAGAGGGCGGGUCAGUUUGGUGGCCCGCGCAGCUGGAGACCCGGCCACCAAUGGAUGGGGAUGAGCCGUCUGCAGGCCAGCUUGGGUGGGCUUCACGUGCUGGGAGAGUUGGCGCAGCGGCCACGGGUGCAGAAGAUCACGGCUG